AUGGCGGAGGAACUUCCCUACGGCCUCUUCCGCGCCGUCUCGUCCGCCCUCUCCGCCGUAUCGUUCGCGUGUCUCGCCCCUCAUGUUCAACUGCAUGAUGAAGAGGGCAGGCGGCCUCGGGCCAAGAGGCCCUCUUCUCCUUCUUCUUCUUCUGCCGCAGGUUCUUAUGCAGGAGUCGAGAAUUUAGUUAUCAUAGGCUCUGGCCCAGCUGGAUACACAGCUGCAAUUUAUGCGGCACGUGCAAAUUUGAAGCCUCUAGUGUUCGAAGGGUAUCAAAUAGGUGGUGUUCCAGGAGGACAGUUGAUGACUACAACUGAAGUUGAAAAUUUUCCUGGGUUUCCUGAUGGAAUAACUGGUCCUGAUUUGAUGGAUAGGAUGCGGCGGCAAGCUGAAAGGUGGGGUGCAGAACUUUUUCAAGAGGACGUUGAAUCAAUUGAUGUGAGGAAUCACCCAUUUACUAUCAGGAGCAGUGAAAGAGAGGUGAAAUGUCAUACUCUGAUUGUGGCUACAGGAGCUACUGCUAAAAGGCUUAGAUUACCACGUGAAGAUGAAUUUUGGAGUAGGGGAAUAAGUGCUUGUGCAAUAUGUGAUGGGGCAUCACCACUAUUUAAGGGUCAAGUUCUUGCAGUUGUAGGAGGAGGUGAUACAGCUACCGAGGAAGCAUUGUAUCUUACCAAAUAUGCUCGACAUGUGCAUCUUCUUGUUCGGAGAAAUCAACUGCGAGCAUCAAAAGCUAUGCAGGACAGAGUAUUCAACAAUCCGAAUCUUACAGUGCACUUCAACACUGAGGCUGCGGAUAGCAGUCAUGUCGUCAGCAAUAGCAAGGGCCAGAUGUCUGGCAUACUAUUAAAAAGAGUUGAUACUGGAGAGCAGUCAGUUCUAGAAGUGAAAGGUCUAUUUUAUGGUAUAGGUCAUACUCCAAACAGCCAGUUGCUAGAAGGUCAGGUUGAACUGGACAGCGCUGGCUAUAUUUUGGUCAAAGAGGGUGCUGCUAAAACUUCUGUGGAAGGUGUCUUUGCUGCUGGUGAUGUUCAGGAUCAUGAGUGGAGGCAAGCAGUAACUGCUGCUGGAUCUGGAUGUAUAGCUGCUUUAUCUGUUGAGAGAUAUUUGGUGACCAAUGAUCUUCUUAUUGAAUUUCACCAGCCUGUACGUGAAGAGGAAAAGAAGGAACUUUCAGAUAAGGACGUGCAAAUGGGCUUCGACAUUACACGUACGAAGCACAAGGGCCAGUACGCUCUAAGGAAGUUAUAUCACGAAAGCCCGAGGCUAAUAUGUGUUCUAUAUACUGCACCAACAUGCGGUCCAUGUAGGACAUUGAAACCUAUACUGGGCAAGGUGAUAGAUGAAUUUGAUCAGAAUGUACAUUUUGUUGAAAUUGACAUAGAGGAGGAUCCCGAAAUUGCAGAAGCGGCAGGAAUUAUGGGAACACCGUGUGUGCAGUUUUUCAAAAAUAAGGAAAUGAUCAAGUCUGUGUCUGGUGUUAAAAUGAAGAAGGAAUACAGGGAAUUUAUCGUGGCAAACAAAUGAAAGAGAGCCUGGAUGCUCAGCGGUUUUCUUUGAUGUUAUUUCAGAUCCUACUUUUAUCUUGUGAGAUGCCAUCUGAUUUGAGCUGGCCAUUUUUUUCCCAUUUGAGUCAUUUAAAGCACGGUGCUCAUGCGUCUUCUUGCUCUUUUUCGUAUCAAGGGAAAUAAAUUAAUACCUCACCUUUUCAUUCAUGUCUGUUGAAUUGUAAUUCUGGAUGAUCCAUCAAGCUUCACUCACGUUCAAAGUUGA